CGCAUGCUAAUCUCAAACUAAUUCCGCCAUGGAUUACCGAUGUGUAUGUCUAUGUAUAGCUGCAAUGACUACAAUGCUUUCGGUUCCGGUGGAGACUGGGGAAAUAUUGGUUCUGGUAUUUCCGGUUUGGAGCCACAUCAAACCCAAACUAAACGUUGCCGCGGCACUUGCAAAUAUUUAUGGACACCAUUCAACGUUUAUUUUGAACGAAGAAUACCAGAAAAGAGUCGAGGAAAACAACGCAACUAAAGUUAUUUUACCAGCAAAAUACAAAACAAUUAAUGCACACCUGUUGAUCAAUGCUCAGGUAAAAGAUACCUGCAGUCAUGCGGGUAUGCCAUUUUCCGCUAUAAGAGAGAACGCCAGAUAUCUAUGUGACUCCUUACUUUCGGACGAUGACUUGGUGACCUCUCUUCGUCAGCAGAACUUUGAUCUGGCUCUCAUUGAUAAUGUCGUUCUUGCGGACUGUUUUGCAGUCUUAGCGUACAAACUAGGAAUUCCAUAUGUACAGCUCGGUGCCAUGAACAUACCGACAAGGACCAGAACGCCAUUUAUGCCGUCUGUGCAUUCUUCAUUCGCCAUGCUUGGUUUCUUCAAUGAAAUGUCGUUUUUUCAGCGAGUAACCAACACACUAGUUUCAAUAGUAAUGGCUGUUUUACCAGAAAUAAUUUUCCCGAGCGAUCUGGUUUCGAUGUAUGCUCCAGAAAAGCCAUUUCUGUCGUUAGAGGUUUUGCAUAGACGUACAUCGUUCCAUCUCAUUGACCUCGACUUCGUGAUGGACUUUCCAAGACCAUUGAUGCCGAAUAUGGCGUUUGUUGGGGGACUUGGCACAGAGAAACCCAAACAGCUACCGUCUGACCUUGACUCUUACAUGAAUUCAGCAACUGACGGAGUCAUUAUAGUCUCGUUUGGUAGUGUCGCUCAAAAUCUACCAAAAGACAGAAUAGAAAAACUUAUCGGUGUAUUCAAGAAGUUUAAAAGCAAAAAAUUCGUUCUUCGGUAUGGAAACGAGACAAAAAUGGAAGACAAUAUAUUGUUGAUGCCAUGGUUACCACAGAACGAUCUACUAGCCCAUCCCAACACCAAGGCCUUCGUUACUCAUUGUGGAAGUAGUGGUUUAUAUGAGGGUUUAUAUAACGCCGUACCAAUGAUAGGACUACCCUUUAUGAUAGACGGAUUCUAUAACUGUCGCAAAAUGGCUUUCAAGGGAUUCGGUAUCUCGCAUGAUUUCUGUACUUUUACAGACGAUGAAUUGUCAAGUGCUUUACAGGAAGUUCUUCAAAAUCCGAAAUAUAGCGCAAAAAUCAAGAAAAGUUCCGACAUUUUCCACAACCAGUGGGGAUCGCCCAGUGAACGUUCUGCAUACUGGAUUGAUCACGUGAUCCAACAUGGAGGUGACUAUCUACAAACACCGGCGACUGACAUGCCAUUUUACAAAUAUUAUCUUUUAGAUGUCUUGCUUUUUAUUACUUUAGUGGCAUUCCUCAUUAUCUGGAGUUGUAUAAGGCUGGUGAAAAUAUGCUAUAGAUGUUUUUGCAAGUCAAAGGUUAAAGUUGAGUAAGUGCCACGCGUCUGAAGCCCGACUUGAGAUAUGUAAGAAUUAUGUCCCCGCCGUCUCGCCGUAUGGUAGGACAGUGGAGUGGAUCUCUUCCCUGUAAAAGCUUGCAUAUAUACCUGUCCAGAGUAAGAAAAGACCACAUAUCAUUUAGUACAUUUAGAGAGGUUAAUUUCCACCUCACUUGUAUAAAUAUGUGAGUGAGACAACGCAUGAAUGUGUGAAACAUAAAAUUUGAUCCAUAUCUUUCUUGUGUUUAUACGUACGUGAAACAACAUAUGUAUGUGUGUGUGUAUGUGUGUGUGACGGGAAAUGUGGUCCAUCUCUUGUGUGUAGAAGUAUGUGUGUGAAAUUAUCAAUGUCCUAAUUACUUGUGUUUUGAUAAUUAUUAGUUUGAAUUCCAUUUAUUGAAAGAAAAGUAAUUAAAUUCAACUGGUCUUCAAUAAUAUUGGGAGUGGGGGUGUCCAAUUGAACAGGAGACGAACGUUAUCAGGGUAUCUUAUCAUCCGUCAUAAGGCUAAAUAGAGGUUUUAUGUGGGUCGGAAUUCCGUUGUUGCAUACCUUGGUCUCAUUAAUUUGAGAACGUGACAUGACUUACUUAGAUUGAUCAAGAUUUACGUGACGGUGUCAAAGACGCUUACUUCUCCGGAACACCUGGAUUUAUUUUCCUUGUACUUUCCGUGUAAAUGUUUCUUUUGUUGAUAGUUUGCCCCAGUUUUGUUAAACUUGGGUUUGGAUUAUGAUCAUGUUGACAUGUUGGUAUUUUCUUGUUGUACAUCAACUUGUCUCAAAGAUGCGUUCGCCAUUGUGUAACAUUGCCCGUUGUGGUCUAAACUUGGGAUAACCUUUUUACGAACGUGUUUUAAAUAGUGUUGGUCUAAUCGUUAUACAUAGAUACAUAGAUUUAUUCUGACAAGGUACAGAAAAUAUGUACAAGGUUAACAAUCCUUUGAUAGUCAGCUCUUUAUACAAUUUAUACUGAAAUAAAGUUCACAUCUUAUUUUUUUUUCUUUAAAACAAUACUCCUGUGGCUGGUUUUUCCAAUGUUCAUCUAGGUUAUAUUCAAACUGUUUAACUGUCGUUGCAUUUACAACAUUAAAUGGAAGACUGUUCCAAACAUCUACGCUCCUCUGCGUGAACGAAUAUUUCCUGAAGUUCAAUUUUGAAAAUUCUUUAUAUAUUUUUAGUUAUGUCCACGUGUGUACGACCCUUCGUUGACAGAAAUCAAGUUAUGUACUGAAGUAAAGUAUAUUAAGUAUUCAUUAGUUCUACCGUUUCAAAUUAAUUCAUUAAUAAGUUCCCGAUUAAAAUUAUUUUGUGACUUAAGAGAAAAUUAUAUUUUUAUUUUUAGAACUUGUCCCUAUAUCUGCACUUAUGUGUUAUCUUUUUCUGACACUGCAAUAAAAUAGAUUUAAAUCCCCUUGUAUAAUUUUACUCUCUACACUAUUUAAUAGUAUACGCGUGUACUGUGGUUAUUUCUACUGCAAUGUAAAUGUUUGGCAAAUGAUCGUUAAAAAACAUUGAAAAGACGUUCUAUGUUGGUUAUUUUGUAAUUUUAAAGAUUUUGUUAUUUGUAAUUACU